ACCUCUGCUGAUACAACGACGUACUACAAUCAUAGGGCGUUUUACAUGUGCCGCAUCGGUAUAUUGCAAGGGAAUUCACAAUAGUUGCAAAAUUCAGCUGUCGUCUCAUCUGAGAAGCUUGUUAAGGCCACGAGUCAAUUCUACGGCAUUGCACCACAGUUGUGAUCUCUGGAUCAGAGGGUCUCGACUGCGGCGAUUUCAGAGAGCAACAGGCUCUUGCACUCGGGUGGCGGGUUUUAAGGAUGUGGGAGGCAUGUUUCUCGUUGUAAAAAGAGGUCAUUGGGUGGUUCUGCGUUUGUGUUGUACUGGCAGAGAAUCUGCAUGACGACCAAAAUGAUCACUGCAUUGAUCAUCGUCAUCAUAUCAGAGUGCCUCUGCAGGUUUGGGGCCUCAUUCGUAGAAAAUAUGCUGUCCAUCUUCUGCUUCAACUGCAAGGAUCAUCCCACUCAUCAUCAGGCGGGGAAGGCGGAGACCUAGAACGAUCUCUUGUUAUAGCUAUCACACCGAUAAUCCAACCAUCUGUUCAGCGUGCCUGUGAUGAAAACCUGUGAAAAUCACUUCUGUCUGUAACUCGAGCACUGGUCUACAAGGUUUUUUGAUACAACGAUCUUCUUAGCGCGUUUUAAAUGUUAACACGAUUCCUCGGGCCUUUUGGACAUCCAAUGUCACGCCACGACAUCGUCGAUCGAUCUUGUUCGUCUCCAUCACAAUUUAUCAACUCAUCCGCUGUUGGCCAUUCCAUGGCUUCAUGGCACCUGGUACAAUGUAUGCAAUUAGAAGCCGAGUGAUAUCUGUUUCAGCGCAUUAUAAGGAAAGGGAUCUAUUGUCCAUAAAUAAGCUAUUAACGUAUGGGAAUUUUUCCGUGAUGCUAGACGUGGUAUUAAAUCCUUAUGACCAUAGCGACUCCGGCAGAAGUAUUGAUGCGAGGACCUCAACUCGGUACCAUGCUUUCUAUGAUUCUAUAUGGUAUUACGUGCAUCCAGACUUUCAUGUACUUUCAAAAUUAUCCGGAUGAUCGGCGAAGGGUGAAAGCAACAGUAAGCAUUUCCGCCGUGAGUAUCACUGGCUUAUAUCGUUUAACUGACGCAUGUCAGGUCAUUGUCGUAUGGAUCUUAGAAACCGCUCAUGCUGGAGCAGCGAUCAGCUUCAUGGAUUACUACCUUAUUGUCAACUUCUCGAAUACUGAAGUCUUGCUUUCUGUUUACUGGGCAAUGCCGGUGGCAUUUAUGAUUGGUUUUCUCCUUGCUUUUGUUGUCAACACGUUCUAUGCUUGGCGGAUCUGGCUUUUCAGCAAAAAUGUCUAUCACGCAGCUGUUCUGAUGAUGCUAGCUUUUGUUCGUUUAGGACUAUCUUUGACUGUGUGUGUAUAUAGUGUCAUAUACUCGCAAUCGUGGUCAAACUUCAGGCAUCACUCAGGAAAAACUAUCAUUGCUUUAUUUGUGCUGGCAGUUGUGGAUGAUACUUUGACCGCAACUGUGCUCGCAUACUAUCUGCACACAAGACGGUCUGGGCUAAAACGGACUGAUCGCCUAAUUAAUCGUUUGCUUCUAUAUUCCGUGGGCAUUGGUGCUCUUUCUGCUGCUGGUGAUGUUGUAGAAACAAUAGCGUAUUUCGCACUACCCAAUAGCCUUGAUUUUCUUGGUAUUGUUCUCGUUCAGAUGAAGCUCUACGCGAACUCAUUUUUGAUAUGUUUGAAUAUCCGGAACUUUCAGGCUGGACCGCUCAAUGAUCCGUUGAGCUACAACAGCACAAUUGUUACAUCGUCUGUUCCCAAGUUUACUCCUGAUGGUUCAAUUGAGUGCGGGGCGAAAGAUGUCAGCUCUGGCAAUAAUCCUCUCUCAACAUUGAUUGAGCAGUAA